AAAUGUACUUUUUAUUUGAACUUAGUCCCCGUAUGAGUUCUGGUAGAAAAGGGAAAUCCCCGUGUAAUAUUUCACCAAACUUCUAAACAAAAUUUUGUUUUCGAAAACUUUUAAAUAAGUUGUCAAUUUAAAAUGAAUCCGAAUUAUCGAGGUUACAAUCAAAAUACGCCGAGGAACUAUUUCACCCCAAGUCCCAACCAACGUUGGCAAAGAAACUCAAGUUUUGAUUCAAACUAUUCCCAUCGCCCCAAUUAUUCACCCCAACCCAACUAUUCACCCCACACCCCCCGUUACGGGACUCCACCUUUCCGGGGGUGGGGCAACAACCGACGGUCAUCGGGUUACCAUGGAAACAAACCAACCAACCAAAGAUAUGGGGUUGAGGUUUAUUACAAUCCAUCCAUGACACAAGACCCGUGGAAAGAUUUACCGAAUUAUAAACCUGAUGUUUCUGCUUCAUGAGAACGAGAUGUUUUAUUUGUUUUUAUUCAUCUUUAUACGUUUUAAGCAUCAGGUCCAUCGUGAACCUGCCAUAAUUUGCUUAUUGUUUUCACCAGUUAAUCACACUUUGAUGUUUUGACUGUUUUAAUACAAACCCAACCUUCCAUGUAUACGACACAAUUGUCUUUGUUUGUUUCAAUCGUUUCGAAUCUUAGCGCACCAUAUACAUGGGACCGUUAUGUUUGUAUUUAAACUGAACUGAAAUUUUAGAAUUGCUUAAACAAUUGAAAAUAAAAUAAUUCUUUUUUGGCUGAAUAUAUGGUGUGACAUUUUUAAAUGAGUUAAAAUUUGUGAGGUGUUCUCUGUUUAUGAGUUACGUGUAAUAAUUGUGGGGGGAAGUUUUUGAAGUGUCAAUAAAAUAAACAAAGAAAGA